GCAUUAUAUUUUCUCGCCGCCCACUAGCUAGUACGUGUUUACAUAUAUAUAUAUACACACACACACGCAUAGAAAGAGAAGAAAUAUAUAAUUUUGAAUCUCAAAAGUCAAUCGAUUCUGAUAUAUCUUCGAACUUUGUGUUUUCCUGCUUAAGCGACUCUAGAAUAAUCCAGAGAACUGCAUUUCUUUCUUUGUUCAAUAUAAUGGAGGGGCUUUGUGUGAAGCUUUUUGAAGCUUCAAGAAAAAAGUAUAAAAUGAAGAGACGAAAAGCAGCAAUGGGAAUGGUAGACAGUUUUGAGGCGAGUCAUGAAGGGAUAAAAACUGUUGAUAUUCAGAAACGUUGUGAGUUUUCUGGAAGUUCUGAUCUUUGCAUCUACUUUGUCACUUGGAAUAUGAAUGGAAAGGUUCCAUGCGAGGAUAUAGCAAAAAUAGUUGGUGAAGAACGAAAAUAUGAUCUAUUGGUGAUGGGUUUGCAAGAGGCUCCUCGAAACAACAUUCUCAAGUUGUUGAAGAAUACUUUGGCUCAUACUCACAUGCUAUUAGGAAAAGCUGUAAUGCAAUCUCUACAGCUGUAUGUGUUUGGCCCCAAGAAUUCAGAGCAAUUUACUAGAGAAGUAAAGGUGGAUAAGCAUGAAAUUGGAGGAUUAGGAUGGUUAAUCAGGAGAAAGAAAGGAGCAGUGGGUGUUAGAAUUAGAUACAAGGGCAUACAAAUGGUUUUUAUUUCUUGUCACCUCUCUGCUCAUGCUCGUAAUGUGGAAGAGAGGAACAAUCAGUUCAAGCAUAUAUCAAACUCUCUCUUUUCAAAGAAUACGAAUCCUUAUUCUAGACCAGCACAGCUUACUGUAUGGUUGGGAGAUCUUAACUACAGAUUACAAGGCAUCAAUUCCUAUCCUGCUAGAGAUCUCAUUCAUGGAAAUCUCCACGAAAUGCUAACUAGCAAAGAUCAGCUUUUACAAGAAGCAGAAAGAGGUGAGAUAUUUAAUGGGUAUUGCGAGGGUGCAUUAGCUUUCAAACCAACUUACAAAUAUGAUAUUGGAAGCAGCAGCUAUGAUACCAGUCACAAGGUUAGAGUACCAUCGUGGACAGACAGAAUAUUGUUCAAGAUAGACAGUAACAAAAUCAAUGCAACUUUACAUUCUUAUGAAGCAAUUGAAAGCAUCCGCAGCUCUGAUCAUAAGCCAGUGAAAGCUCAUCUAUGCUUAAAAUUGACAGAUAUUCAAACAACGGAUUCACAAAUCUUGUUGCAGAAUCAUCACACUGAUUAAUGCUUUAUUCUUUAAACAUUCUUUUAUUGUUGUCCAUUCAUGUUUUACGACGGAGUUACGCAUUCUUUUUUCCUGCGUCUUCGUGAUCAACUGUAAUUUUAAACCUUUGUUAGUACCGUCUUUGUCCAAGAAUUUUUGUAAAUUAUAUAUGGUAACAAUAAAUUUGGUCUUUCUUUUCA